AUGAUUAACAUGAGUCUCAUCCACAGACACACAAUUGACCCCAUAGGAGACCCAAGUAAGCUUAUGUGGGCCACAAACAUUGUGUUAUUCAUCAGUAAGGAAGAGAUAACACCUCAAGGAGACACAACUGUGGGUUCUCACCUUCAGUGUUGCCUUCGUCACUAUCAUCAACCACAUGUGUUGUUCCCAGGCAGUCUGUGGUCUCCUUACUUCCUCCACAGACAGUCUGGUUCUUCCUCAUCUCAUCAUAGACAGUCUGGUCAUUCUCCCUCAUCCCAUCACAGACAGUAUGGUCAUUCUCCCUCAUCCCAUCACAGACAGUCUGGUCAUUCUCCCUCAUCCCACCACAGACAGUCUGGUCAUUCUCCCUCAUCCCACCACAGACAGUCUGGUCAUUCUCCCUCAUCCCAUCACAGACAGUCUGGUCAUUCUCCCUCAUCCCACCACAGACAGUCUGGUCAUUCUCCCUCAUCCCACCACAGACAGUCUGGUCAUUCUCCCUCAUCCCAUCACAGACAGUCUGGUCAUUCUCCCUCAUCCCACCACAGACAGUCUGGUCAUUCUCCCUCAUCCCACCACAGACAGUCUGGUCAUUCUCCCUCAUCCCAUCACAGACAGUCUGGUCAUUCUCCCUCAUCCCAUCACAGAGAGUCUGGUCAUUCUCCCUCAUCCCAUCACAGACAGUAUGGUCAUUCUCCCUCAUCCCAUCACAGACAGUCUGGUCAUUCUCCCUCAUCCCACCACAGACAGUCUGGUCAUUCUCCCUCAUCCCACCACAGACAGUCUGGUCAUUCUCCCUCAUCCCAUCACAGACAGUCUGGUCAUUCUCCCUCAUCCCACCACAGACAGUCUGGUCAUUCUCCCUCAUCCCACCACAGACAGUCUGGUCAUUCUCCCUCAUCCCAUCACAGACAGUCUGGUCAUUCUCCCUCAUCCCAUCACAGAGAGUCUGGUCAUUCUCCGUUUCUUAUCGAAACCACACCUGCCUGAUUACCUGAAGCACGUCUGCUCCAUUACCCAUCCCACACCUGAGUGACUAUCUUACCCACACCUGCCCCAGCUACCUGAAGUACACCUGUCCAGCUCCUGAGACGAAAUAUCGGCCAAGAAUAAACUGUCAACUCUACACUUAUCAGGUCUUGGGGAACCCGGGUGAAAUCCCUACGUCUGUCAGAGCGUCAAGUCCAAGACCCCAAGACGAUAUGACUUCAUCUAUCAGAGCGUCAAGUCCAAGACCCCAAGAUGAUAUGACUUCAUCUAUCAGAGCUUCAAGUCCAAGACCCCAAGAUAUUAUGACUUCAUCUAUCAGAGCUUCAAGUCCAAGACCCCAAGAUGAUAUGACUUCAUCUAUCAGAGCGUCAAGUCCAAGACCCCAAGAUGAUAUGACUUCAUCUAUCAGAGCUUAAAGUCCAAAACCCUAAGAUGAUGCGACUUUAUAACAGCUUCAAAUCCAAGACCCACUAUGAUACAACUGAGCCAGAGCUUCAAGUCAUUAUACAUUAUAUUGUGAAAUUUAUAACAUCACCAUUAGUCCUACGUUCAUUAAACUUCACGAAGCUCCUAAGAGAACGAUACACAUGAUGACUCGUUUGUGGUGUGUAACAUAAAGAACUGAAUAUCAUAAUUAAUUCUUAUCACAUGUUUGUCGUCUUUGUACAGGUUGAACAAAAUGUAAUUAUUUUUUAAGGUAUUGCUAUUUUUGUUUAAAUAUUGGGCGAGGGUUUAAAGUGUGUAUGUUAGUCAAACCUUGUGAUCAAGUUAGGCUAGUAUAGAACCUCACCUAACCUGCAUAAAACAUUCAUUUCGUUGAUUGUUAAAUCAAAUAACAAAUUCACACAGUUAACUAAACCACGACUGGUGACGAGUUAACAGUGAAGUUACAUGGAAAUGACUGUUUGUUUGUGGAGAUGGCUGGUUUGUCUGCCUGCGUGAGGAGUGACUGUGUUGUGCACAGCUCCAUGUCUAGGCUCCUCUGUCUGGUGCGGACAGUGAAUGAGGAAUCUAAUAUGGGUCAACUAGACACCUCAUUCACUGUCUCUCCUCAUGUAGACAAACAAACAGUCACUUCCACUCGUGUGCUUCUCGUGGUAGCCCCUUGUACAGUACCUCUACAUUUAAACUUAACUUCAUUGUUCUUUUUUACAAUUAAUUGUUAUCAUAACUACAUUAACUUCACUGUUAAUUCCUCACCCUGUCAAUGAUUAGUUAACGUUAUGUGAAUUUGUUAAUUGAUUUAAUAAUUGGUUCAGUGUUUUAAUCUUAAUACAUCCGUGUGAAAGUUUCGUGUGUGAGAAUAUUGUUGUGUCUGACCAUAGUGUUGUGAUGAUGGUUACUGAGGUACUGAAACGUGAGCUGAUCAAGAAGAAUAAGUGUCCAGGUAUUGAUCUUUGUUCCCAGCCUUGGUGUUACUAUGAAACAAUUAAACGAAGCUUCCAAGGGGUGUAUCCAUUGUUGAUAUCUGUCAAUAUAAAAAGGUUUCAGACUAAA